GACCUUUUUCUCGAAGGGUCAUAAUCCUUCACGAACUGAUAACGGCGUUUUUUUGUUAUUAACUGCUUUAAUUUAAAUUCCAGAUCCUCAUCUAUGAAGCAGAGAUUACUGAAAGGCAAACAUCUUCAGAGACUACCACAUCGCAUCCAGCGAGAUGGGUACAUCUAUGAUGAGAGCUGAAGACAUUAUCACCAAAUUGCCGUGCGAUACAGAAAGCGAUGCAAUGUUGGAAAGCGACUAUUUUUUGUCAAAUUAUGGUUCACAAAAUUCUUUAUGCGUGAGUUCAAAAUGCACCGAUGUGAGCGUCGAAAGGAUAGAUGGAUCAUUAGGAAUAACAUUACGAGGCGGUUUGGUUCCAGAUAACCCCCACUUGAGCAGGCCGCUAAUAAUUACGCAAAUUCGGAAGAAUGGAUCAGCUCACAGAACUAGCCUCAUUCGUGUCGGCGACCGACUCCUCAAAGUAGAUCAUCAUUCGCUCAUCAAUAAGACUUUACUGGAAGCCCAACAGAUCCUGAAGGAUUGCACUAAGGAUGGGGCCAGGGGUAUUAAUAUCCUAACGAUCGAAUUCGAUGUGAGUGUGAUGGAAUCCGUGAAGUACGCUAAUGGACCUCUAUUGCUGGAGAUUGAGAGGCAAGAGGAAGAGGAGUUUGGUGUCACGGUAGGGAGUUGCUGCGAAACCGACCCGGACGAUGAGCUUUCCUCACCUUACUACAUCGAAUCCAUUACACCUGCAAGUACUGCGGACCGUUGUGGCGCUCUAUCUGCUGGUGACAGGCUUCUAGCGGUAGACGAAGUUCCUUUGAGAGGCUGGCGUGGUUCACCACUGGACGUACAGAGGCUGCUGCGUACUGCCACUAGGCUGCAAGUCAUACCUGCACAUGCUAUGGCGAGGAGGGCUAUGGCAGCAAUCACGGACGCCACUGGUAGAGGUCAAUAUGCAACUUGUCACAGUCCAUCAAGCUUCAGUACAUGGAGUUCCAGACGUUCUAGAAUAAAUAAAAACAACAGACUCAAUAGACAAAGUACAAUGAUUACGCAGAAGACGUUUGAUACCGACUGUAGUAGCACCUAUUCUAGUUAUCCCACCUCCUUUGGGGGCGUAUCCCAUGCAGAAACACUUUCUGUUACACUUACAUCAGACAGAGGAGCGGGGUAUGGAUUGGAGGUUUCAAUCGGCGAUCAUGGUGAAACCAGGUCUGCGGACAUAUUGAUCUCCUGGAUUGUGCCAGACUCGCCGGCAUACAGGUGUGGUUGUUUGCAAGUAGGUGACAGGAUAGUUGCAUUAAACCAUCAACCAAACUUAACGUUACAAGAAAUAAAUUCGAUUUUGAAACUGGGUGAGGAUCAUACUAUGGUUUCAAAAAUAGCUUUGGAGGUGGAGUUUGAUGUGGCCGAUGCUGUGGUGCCGUCGAGUGGUAUUUUCACAGUAAAAGUUGCAAGGCGAGGACCUGGUCUUGGAAUUACCGUUACUGCCUCCAAAACUCGUCCGGACGAUCCUUUCACCAUAACUGAAGUUCUGCGUGGUUCACCAGCUCAUCGAACGGGCACUCUAAGAGCAGGAGAUAGGUUGUUGGCCAUCGAUGGUAGGCCAUUGAACGAAGUUUCUGGAGCUGCGGGUCCAGAAGCAUCACCCAGGCUUAUUAGGGAUGGAGAAGUAGUAGCUUUGAGAGUGGAAAAGCCUUCUGCAUCAACACAAACGGCUGUAGUGCAGAAGCCACCUAAGCCACCAGCGGACGAAGUUAUAUAUGCGGUUGAGUUAAGACGUGGAGGAGGACCUCUUGGCAUCACAGUUAGUGGCAGUGAGGAUUGCUUAGAACCAGUUAUACUGUCUAGGCUCACUGAAGGUGGCUUAGCCGAAAAGACAGGUGCUUUACAUGUUGGCGAUCGUAUACUGGCAAUCAAUGGUGAAAGCUUAGAGCACAAGCCCUUAUCUGAAGCCAUACGACUGUUGCAGUCUCCCACGGAUCGUGUUCAGUUGAAGAUAGCAAGGACAAUCAAGCCCCCUUCAAUUAUAGAGGAGAAUUCAGAUGAGGCGCGCUGUAGUUACUCAAGCCCAGGUCUUCUAAGUGUUGAUAGCGCCGUUGAGUCCUGGGAUAGUUCACCAGAUGCUGCGGGUGACAUUAGCGCUGCUCCAACGGAAGUUGAGAGUAUUCUCAGUGAGCCUGUGUCUGCAUACCAAGAACCACAUGGCAGAAGAGAUUCGCAACUGCAGUACUAUUCAGACACUGAUGAGAUAUUCUAUCCCAGUCCUUUGCCUUUACCGAAUUAUGGGUACAAUAAUACUCAAUCGCCAAGCUCAUUUUCGAGUAAACCUCUGCCUUGCUCGUACAGCAGUGAAAGCAUGUGGGAAAGCGAAAUCUACCACGUCACCCUGUACAAGGACUCUGUCUACGAUGAUUAUGGAUUUAGCGUAAGCGACGGACUUUACGAAAAAGGUGUCUACGUAAACAGGAUUAGGAAAGGUGGUCCUGCUGACAUCGUAGGGUUACUAAAGCCGUAUGAUAGAAUUAUUCAGGUAAAUGAUACAAAAACACAAGAUUUCGAUUGCUGUCUGACAGUUCCUCUGAUUGCUUCAGCAGGAGACCGGAUAGAGCUUGUCAUUGCUCGAAAUCCAUAUAUGAAUUAUGUAGAAAAGGACAAUCAGGACAACAUAUCCAAGAAAUCAUUCACGUCGUUCCAAGCACAGAACACAAUAGUAAAGACAUUGUAACCAUAGACAUGCAAUUCCAUAGGAUAUUUCUAAGUAUCGAAAUAUUUAUUUUAUAAUAAAAUUAUAUAUUUAUUUACCUUAUUAAUAGGUACGUAUCAGCUCCCAACAAAAUGCAUACUUACAAUAAACGGAUAAUAAGAAAAA